AGCUGGCUUUUAAAAGCAGAGAAUUAUCUUAAGGCGCGCAGCAAUGACGUUUAAAAGUAGUGAAAUCCUUUUGACCCUUUAUUUCUUUGUGCUGUUCUUAGCCACCGCACAGGCGGUGGCCCGGAAAGAGCUCCAAGAAGCUUCUCCUUCGCCAGAGGCAAUUGCAGCUGAAAUGCUCGAUUACCCAGAAGAUCCCCUUGCCGUGAUCAUCAUAGCUUACGUGAGCAGCGUCACCAUCCCCGCAAUUGCCUCCAUCCUCUUCAUCAAGAAAUUCAUCGAUUUCCAAGCCGUCAUACUUGUCUGCGGGAUCUGCCCCUGGGUUUCCAAUGAGGCCGUUCGAUCUCAUAGCGCCAUGUUUCUCCUCAUCCAAAUAGCGCUCAAUUUCAUCGGAUUUUGCUGCUGGAUCUUCUUAUGCGUCAGAAACGCGAGGCUGAAAAAUGGGCGGCCGUCGUCGGAGGUAGUGUUUGAAACCGGGGCUUGGUUUUUUGCGCUGGGGUUGAGCGGGAUUGAGAUCGCGCUGAGGCUGAUUCUCCGUGACAGGAAGUUUCAUAAGGUGGCUUCUUGGUACCCGGCUGGGAUGUCUCUGCUUUUGUUCGUGGGGAAUUACUGGACCAGAGGCAGGGCAAUGAGAAGCUCUGCUAAAGUCUGAUGAUCUUUUGAGAGUUAUGGAAGAUAGAAUAGGACAAUAGGUGCAGUAGACCUUUUCGUGGUCGGAACAAAUGACUUGCUAGUAAAAUUUAUGUUCUAUUUCUGAAUCUUAGUCGAAUGGAAAUUAUGGAAUAUCUAUUUAAAUGGGUGCUAUCAUAUUUAGAGUUUAAAUUUAGGUGAGAACUAUAUACUAAUUAAAAAAUGGGCUACAAUUUAGGUGUUAUCAUUCAUUUGAUUAAUCCAAUGCAUUAUAU